GCCCGUGGCGAAAGUGCGGCUGCGGAAGCUCGGCGAGGCGGACGGCGGCGAGGGAGGAAGCUGGGAGGCGGCGGGCGCUGCGAGGCCAGGCCGACGCCAUGGGCCGCCUGCACUGCACGCAGGACCCGGUGCCCGAGGCCGUGGGCGGCGACAUGCAGCAGCUGAACCAGCUGGGCGCGCAGCAGUUCUCAGCCUUGACAGAAGUGCUUUUCCACUUCCUAACUGAGCCAAAAGAGGUGGAAAGGUUUCUGGCUCAGCUCUCUGAGUUUGCCACCACCAAUCAGAUCAGCCUUGGCCCUCUCAGAAGCAUUGUGAAAAGCCUCCUUCUGGUUCCAAAUGGUGCCUUGAAGAAGAGUCUCACAGCUGAUCAGGUCCGGGCUGAUUUCAUAACUCUGGGUCUUAGUGAGGAGAAAGCCACUUACUUUUCUGAAAAGUGGAAGCAGAAUGCCCCCACCCUUGCUCGAUGGGCCAUAGGACAGACUCUGAUGAUUAACCAGCUUAUAGAUAUGGAGUGGAAAUUUGGAGUGACAUCCGGGAGCAGUGAACUGGAAAAAGUGGGAAGUAUUUUUUUACAAUUAAAGUUGGUGGUUAAGAAAGGAAAUCAAACUGAAAACUUGUACAUAGAGAACACGAACGAGUUGGGGAGGGGCAGAGAGAGAGGGAGACACAGAAUCUGAAGCAGGCUCUGAGCUGUCAGCGCAGAGCCAUGAGAUCGUGAUCUAAGCCGAUGUCAGACAUCAAUUUAACCAGCUGAGCCACCCAGGCGCCCCAUGCUGUUAGUUUCUUAAGUGUCCUUCCAGAGGGUUUUUCCCCAACAUAUAACCAAUGAGAAUUUAAAUGUUUACUCUUUUUGUUUUAUAUACAGAUGAUUAUACACUAUAUGUACUAUCCUUAAUAUAUCUUGGAGAACUUUCCAUGUCAGUAUAUAAAGUGCAUUCUUUCCUGUGGCUGUAGCAUAUUCACAGAACCGUAGACAGACAGAUUGAUUGACUUUCAAGGAUUGGCUCACAUGAUUGUGGAGAUUUGGUAAAGCCUGCAGGAUAGGGGUAUCUGGGUGGCUCAGUUGGAAGAACAUGAGACCCUUGACCUUGGGGUCAUGAGUUCGAGCCCCACAUUAGGUGUAGAGAUUACUAGAAAAAUAAAUAAACUUAAAAAAUAUAUAAAGUAAAAAAUAAAAUCUGCGGGAUAGGCUGGAAGAAUUUCUUCUUGCUGGGGGAGGUAGGGAUAUCCGUCUUUUUUUUAUUUCUUUUUUUAAUGUUUAUUUUUUUUUGAGAGAGAGCAUGAGCAGAUGAGGGGCAGAGAGAGAGGGAGACAGAAUUUGAAGCAGGGUCCAGGCUCUGAGCUGUAAGCACAGAGCCCGAUGCAGGGCUCAAACCCACAAACCACAAGAUCAUGACCUGAGCCAAAGUCACGCUGUACCUACUGAGCAACCCAGGCACCCCUGGGGAAUCAGUCUUUGUUCUAUUAAGGCCUUCAACUGAUUGGAUGAGGCCCACCCACACUAUGGAGGAGAAUCUGCUUUACUCUCAUAUAAAAGUCCACCAAUUUAAAUGUUAAUCUCAUAAAAAAAAAAAAAACAGUUUCACAGAAACAUUCAGAAUAAUGUUUGACCAAAUAUUUGGCCAUAGCAGGCCAGCCAAGUUAAUACAUAAAAUUAACCAUUACGGUGCCAAACUGACAUAUAGAGAUUGUUCCAAUGUAUGCAAGAUUAGCAAAUUAAUCUUACAAAUACCAAAGAAGGGCAAAUUGGUGCCUUUGGACAAUGUCCAAAUGUGUCUGUGAGAUUUCUGGGGGCCUCAUAUGCCUGAAACCAUGAAAAUCUAACGUAAAAAGAAUUCACAGAAUGUCAGAACAGGAAGACACCCUAAAUAUACAUACAAUCUAGUUAAAUCCACUCAUAUUUACAAAUGGGGAAGUGGAGUCCUAGAGACUGAAACUGGUCACUGGCUAAAGGUGAGCCCAGUGAGCCAUGGGUGUCCUGCUUAGUUCAGAAAUGCAAUCCUGAGAGACGUGAAGGGGAUUCAGCCUGGCAAGUGCUGGUCUCAGUCAGGAUACUCCGUAACGGUUGCACCCAGCUGACCACUGGACAGAUUCUGACCAAGGAGCUCCUUGGCCCUGCCCAAUUCAAGCCUUCCGGCCCCACCUGGAUCGCAACAGUGGCUUCCUGAUGGCCCCACCCCAGGCUUCAACCUCACAGCUUCUGCUAUCUGGCCUGUUUCCUGUGUGAGCAUUCUUGUGGGCAAGUCUCAUGUCAGUAGACAGAUCCAAAUGCUCGUGACUCUGCAUGGUAUCCAGGGGAAAGUCCAAACUCCUUAGCACACCAACCCCCCACAGUCUGGUCCCGCCUAUAUCUUCCACCCCUCCAUCCCCCUUGCCUCCUGGCACGUGUCCUGUAGAGGAGUGUCUGGUCUACCAGCCUACUGACAGCUGACAAGCCAUGAAGCCAUCUGCCUCUUUUCCCCUUGGGCCCACAGUGCUUGCCAAUGCUUCGAGAUGUAGCAUCCAGGGCACUUCAGAGGGCCUCCUCUGACGUCUCCAGGCCAUAAUAAGGAGAACUCUGGUCUCCGCCAACACUUCCACUACAGGGGGCACCUGGGUGGCUCGGUUGGGCAUCUGGCUCUUGAUUUCAGCUUGGGCUCUGCGAUUCUCUCUCUCCCUGUCUCUGAAACCCCCCACCCCCAUAAAUAAGUUGACAUUAAAAAAACACUUCCCCGGGGUGCCUGGGUGGCUCAGUUGGUUGGGCGUCCGACUUCGGCUCGGGUCAUGAUCUCACAGUCCGUGAGUUCGAGCCCCGUGUCGGGCUCUGUGCUGACAGCUCAGAGCCUGGAGCCUGUUUCAGAUUCUGUGUCUCCCUCUCUCUCUGACCCUCCCCCAUUCAUGCUCUGUCUCUCUCUGUCUCAAAAAUAAAUAAACAUAAAAAAAAUUAAAAAAAAAAUACUUUGUCUAGGGGCGCCUGGGUCGCUCAGUCGGUUGAGUGUCUGACUUCGGCUCGGGUCAUGAUCUCGCGGUUCGUGAGUUCGAGCCCCGCGUCGGGCUCUGUGCUGACAGCUCAGAGCCUGGAGCCUGUUUCAGAUUCUGUGUCUCCCUCAGGCCAGCUCCUAACCUCUCAGAACUUUAGUUUCCACAUUUGUGAAACAGGUAUAGUUCUCGCCUCACAGGGUUAUCGGGUGGCUCAUAAUGCCUGCCCAACUAACGGUGAGCUCUUCAUUAUCAACUUAUUGUAAUUAUUUGUUUCCAGGAUUCUCUUCCCCACUAGCCUGUGAGCUCCUUGAUAAGACUUGUUUUUCGGCUCAGGAACCCUAACACUUGGCAUCCCAACCCCCACCUGGUCACAGGUCCUGUUGUCAGUCGAAAUGAAAUGAGGCUGUGUGCAGAUCCUCUGUGGCAGGACUGUUAAACAGGCCUGGCUUGAUCAUUGGUUAGUUUUAACACAGAUCAUAGAUAAGUCUUAGUACAAGGCAACCUGCCCCUCUUCCAAGGGCCUUCUUCCAGGAGCCGUUGAACACCUUGCUCCAUGAUCCCACCAACAUUCUUGGAGCGCCUCCUGUGGGCCAGGGCUCCCCUGGUCCCUGUGGACAAUAAGCUGUCUACACCGGUAACUGGCAGUUUGUCUUUUCAGUGCCUCUAGUUCUAUGCAAGAGGAGGUUAUAUCCUCACUCCCAAUUGUUCUAGUGCAGAUUUCAUUAUGAACCCCAGGAGCUCCUCCAGUCACUUUAUCGAUUGGAAUUUCAUUCCAAAUAUCAUCUAUCGAAUCAGGGGCAUUGAUCAGAGGGCCUGUAGACUGUUAGGUAGAGAUUCUGCUGCAGUGCUGGGGCUUCUGAGCAGGGUCUUUCUUACUGUUAGCACUUCAUCUUUGCAUUGAUUCACUCUUGUUCCUAUUCUGCUUAAAAAUCUGCUAUCCGUUCACCUAGUCUUUGGUUACAGAUUCUUCUUAUUUUAUAUCUUAUUUACUUUUGGAGCACAGCGUUUCUUAAGACGGCACUAGUCAGGCCAAAAGAUCAAUCAGCAAUACCUGUCUUCUUUCCCUGGAGGAAAAAGGACUGCCCUGGUUGGGGUGGAGGAAACAUUCACUGUUCAGUUCUGACACAGAAUUAAUUUUACUCUGGUGAUUUAAAAAAGAAAAAAACAAACAAACAAACAAAAAAACCCAAAACGUGAUGACAAGGAAAAUCCCCAAACAGUUCAAGUGGUCAGCUGCUCCACUGUGGGACCAGCUGCCUCACACACGAGCAUUUGCUGGGGUGUCAAAAUGACCUUUCGAAAAGGCAGAUAGCCGAACAACACAUAUCUUCCUGAAACAUAUUUGGUCUUUUCUGGAUUGUAUUUUUUUUUACAUUUGUUAUAUUUCACAAAGAUAUUUCAGAACUGUGAAAAGCAUUACGGAUAAUGUCUGAUGGAUGAUACCUUGUAUUUGGAUGGCACUAUAGUUUUUUGGUUUUUUUGAGGGAAGUCAGAUUUGUUAAGGCAUAACUCAUGUGCAAUACAAUUCACUUUUUUUAAGUAUACAGCUUAAUGAGUUUUUUUUUUAAUGUUUUUUAAAUUUACUUUUGAGAGAGAGAGCACAAGCAAGGGAGGGGCAGAGAGAGAAGAGGACAGAUGAUUUGAAGCAGGCUCUACACUGACAACAGUGAACCUGAUGUGGGACUCGAACUCACAAACCAUGAGAUCAUGACCUGAGCCGAAGUAGGAUGCUCAACUGACUGAGCCACUGAGGUGCACCCAGCUCAAUGAGUAGGUGUACGUAGUCAUGUAACUAUUACCACAAUCAAGAUACAGAAUAUUUCCAUCACCCCAAAAAGUUCCCUCCUAUUCUUUAUAGGCAAUCCUCUCCUCUUACCCCCAGUUCUGGUAACCACUGACCUGAUUGCUGUCCCUAUAGUUUCACCUUUUCCAGAAUGUAAGUGGAAUCAUUCAAUAUGCACCCUUUUGUGCCCAGUUUCUUCCACUUCGCAUGCUUUUCAGAUUCAUCUAUGUUAUUGACACAUCAGUAGUUUAUUCCUUUUUAUGCCUGGCUUACAUUCCAUGGUAUGGAUACACCUCAGGUGUUUUGUUUGGUUUUUAUCUAUUUACUGCUAACCAAUGGAAUGGGUUGUUCCCUGCAUUGGUGAUUAUGAAUAAAGAACAGUAAUAUAGUUUUUUCAGCAUUCAUUCUUUCACAUCCAUCAUCUUCUGAAGCUCAGGACACCCUCAGAGUUGGGAGUUGUUACAUCAGGUAGGAGAAAAAGGACACACCAAGGGUUGUGCUUACAUGGGGUCACCGGGCAAUAUUUGGAGCCUUGGUCAUCCAACUCCCAAAUAGAAAGGGUUUUUGUUUGUUUUUUAUUGAGAGAUAAUCCACAUUCCAUAAAAUUCUAUAAAAUUGGAAAGGUAUUAACAGAAUUACAUAAACUAGGAAGUAUUAUACAAUCUAAUCCCCACUGAAACAUCUCCAAGAAUAUUUUAUUUCUUAUUCUGUGCUAAGACAGGAAGAAUCUCAAAACAUCAUUUAAAAAAAAACUCGAGAGAGAGUGUGCAAGCAGGGGAGACAGGCAGAGAGAGAGAGAGAGAGAGAGAGAGAGAGAGAAUCUCAAGCAGGUCCACACUCAGCGUGGAGCCCGGACACAGGACUUGAUCCCAAGACCCUGACAUCAUGACCCGAGCCAAAAUCAAGAGUUGGACAUUCAACUGACUGAGCUACCCCAGGCACCCUAAACCAUUUUUUGAUCCAGAUUGGGCUCUUUUUGAAUCAUGAGUGAUCCAAUGAUGACUUAAAGGUAGUAGUCUAAAAAUAAACAUUUGUAAUAGCAACUAAUUGAGAGCAAUCUAGUAUUAGGUAAUCGGAGAUUUGUUGUAUACAUUACAUAUAGGUAUAGAAUGGGAUAGCAUGCAGCCACUGAAGCUGAUACUGAAGAAGACAGUGUGUGAAAGGGAUCAUGGUCAUGGUGUAUAGGCAAAAAAAAAAAUCAGGUUGUCAAAACAGGUCAAAGAGAACCCACUCUUGUAAAAAAUGUUUACAUAGAAAUGUAAUUUUUAAUUUAAAAAUAAUUUUAAUUAAUUUUAAUUUUUUCUUUUGCUUAUCUGUAGUUUCUAAAUUUUUCAAUAUAAGCAUAUGAUUCAUUUAUAGAGAUAAUACAUGAAAGGUGCACAAUCAAAAGUUCAAACAGAACUGAAAAUGAUGAAAAGUGAAAACAACCUCCUUCCCUGCCCCUCAGAUUGCUAAGAACAGCUAUUAUUUUUGUAAAAACUUUUUCAACCAAAACAGUUGAACUUCCUCCACACCAACGACCUGAAUUAUUUCUGUCCCUAACAUUUCUGCCCUGUCCCUAAAAAGGCCAUGAUGUGGCUGAUGUGGGCCCAUAACCUGGGAGUCCAUUCUUCUAGCUGGUGGCCCCACUUCUCCCACAGCCCCUCUGGAGCCAGCUCUGUACUGUGUCUUUUCAUUCUUGUGCCCCUAGAUCCAGCCCUGAGCAUCUUGAUGGUAUAUUUAAUUCAGAAAAACUUUCAGGUAUCUCUACUCUUAUAAAAUCAAGAAGGAAAUAAGGAAGGGAGGGAAAGAGAAAAGGAGAAAAAGGAGUAGAGGAAGAGAGGGGCACCUGGGUGGCUCAGUCCGUUAAGCCUCUGACUUGAUUUCAGCUCCGGUCAUGAUCUCGAGGUUCAUGGGCUCAAGCCCCAAGUCAGGUUUCUUGUAGGCCUCCUUGGGAUUCUCUCUCUCCCUCUCUCUCUCUGUCUGUGCUCCUCCCUUGAGCCCAUGCGAGCAUGCACACUCAGUCUCAAAAUAAACAAACAAACAAACAAAAACGACAAAGAAGCUUUAGUCCUUAGUCCUCGCCUCCCAGAACUUGCAUGACUUUUAAUGCUUCCCGCUGAUGUGGCAGAAUGAGUUUGAGCUUUGGAAUCAGACUUGGGUUCAAAUUUGCCUCUUACCAGCUGUGUUCCUGGAUACGCUUGUUCCAUGAGAAUACGUUGGCCACCUGAUGUGCACCAGCUCAGAUGCUAAGCUGCAUGUGACUUUGAAGAGGUUCACCUCACCACUGUGCACCUUUGGGUUCAUCUGUAGAAUUGAGUGGCUGCCUUAUAUACAGUGUGGUUGUAAGGACCGACGGAGGUGGCCUCUGCCCGGUGCAAAGCCCAGGGUCUGCUCCAGAGGGGUUGGUGCAUUGUCACUGCUGUCACCCAUCUUUGGGUUGUUGGUAAAGAGAAAAAGGGAAAUACAAUCAUUGGUACUGGGUAACUGCACCCCUUCCCUAAAAUUUUCACCCCAGGACUGAAGGAAUGGUUAGACCUGUGGUUCUCAAAGUGUGGUCCCUAGACCAAUAGCAUCAGCAUUCCCUGGAAACUUGCUAGAAAUACAAAUUCUUCUGCCCCCGCUCUAGACCUACGGAGUCAGGAACUCCGGGGUGGGACCCAGUCAUCAGUGUUUUAACCAAGCCUCUGAGGGUGAUUGUGGUAUACGCUCCAAUCUGAGAACUCCUGUAUUACAUACACCAUCCCCUGCCUUUGAGAGACCCCUGAACACGUCUUUAAUAAACACAGAAUAUGACCAGGCCAAGGGGGACUCUGCUAAGAUUCUACCUCUGACAGAGAUGCCUCUGAAGCAUGGGUUGAGGAGCCUUGAAAUUUAGAGACAUCCCUUAAAACGCGUUGGCUUCCCCCAGGAGCACUUCAUGAUGAACUCACCCUUGAAUUUAGUAAAGAGUUUCAUCUAGUGGAUUAGGUUGUUCUUCAAUUUUUUUUUUUUUUCAUCCUGCUGUACAAAACGGCAGGUUUGAGACUUGUGGAGUGCUUUGUCUGGAUAUCAGAGAGAAGGGAAGACAGAUUCUUCCCGUUAUACUUUUUUUUUUUUUUAAGUUUAUUUGUUUUUGAGAGAGAGAGAGCGAGAGGGCAUACACACAGGGGACGGGCAAGGAGAGAGAGGGAGACCCAGAGUCUGAAGCAGCCUCUGAAGCACAGAGCCCGACAUGGGGCCUGAACCCACAAACCAUGAGAUCAUGACCUGAGCCAAAGUCAGAUGCUUAACUGAGCCACCCAGGCACCCCCUGUUAUACUCUUAUAUGUUCCCUUCAAUCAAUGGUUUUUUGAGCUGUUUGCUGUGUAUAUGGCAGCCCCAGUUUCAAAAUUCUGCCCCCUUGUCCCUUUGGGAACCCUUAAGCUUGUGAGAUCUUUUCCAUAGGUUUUUGGUUUGGAAGUAAUGGUCCCUGUAACCGUGUACGAGGCAUGGUGCUGGUGUGGCAGGGGAGGUUGGGGGGGGGGGCGCAGAGUGAAUUAGGAUAUCUAGCUUCUCAUCAUCAAGGAACUUGAAAUCAAGUUCAAGAAACUCAGGCAACACACCAGAAAUGGUAAAUCUGUGUGGACAGGCUGUGCACGGUGGACAAGGAAGAGCACCGGCCGGGGAGGAGAGGGGGUGAGUGGUUGUGGAGGCCUCACUGCAGGCUGGUCCAGAGUCAGGAGCUGUCGCUUUGCCCUGACAGGCUGAAAGAGGGGGAGUGCCAGGGCCACACGUUCCCUUCUCAUGGCCCAGUGUGUUGAGGAAGAUCAAGAAGCUGCCUCUGGCCUCUUCGAGAGACCAUUUACCUACUGUUGACUAAAUAAAGGCUUACAGAGGCUUAUAGAAUAAGGCGGCUUUCACAUCAAAGGGCUCUUACAAAACAGCUUGGUGAUGAGUUAAGUACAAAUGAAUCAGAAA